AUGAGAUCCUACGCUGCAGCCCGUCAAUUCAUGUAUUUAUUUACCAAAUUGAUCUUGACGUCUAUCACUGCUACAUCUGACCUCAAAAAUAUUGCAAGGGACUUACAUAUUGUGCAAGCCUUUCCAAAGUAUCCAGAUCCUCAAAACUCUGGCCAACCCUUCCAGAAUUAUCCGUUGAUAGAAACUGAAGCAAUUGCCAAUUUUGAAGACAAACCCAAGAAGAUCUUCUUUGUCAAGGAAUACAUUCCAGGACAAUGGGAAACCUUCUUGGCUCCAGAAACCUUUGACACUAAUUUGAACAAUUAUUCACCAGCAAUCAAUCAUUUAAUGGCGGCUUUUCAGCAUUGGACGUACAACCACACCCAUGGACAACUAACUGUUACCAACCUGAAGGGAGUUGUCCCACUUAUGAGCAAGCCCAAAAUAGUGGACUUAAACCCAGUGUAA